AAUUCUGAUAUAUAGAAAAAUUAAAAUGUUAUCAUCAAUUGUUUCAUCAUCACAACAAUCGAAUCAAUCGGUUGCAAUGAUGAAUGCUGUUAAUGCACAUGUAUCACAAUUAUCAUUGAAUCCUGGUCAAAAUACUGGCACUGGUGGUGUUCCUGUUUCAACAGUGGUUACAUCUAACAAUACAACUGGUGUUGCAUCAUCUGGAUCGACACCGGCAUCUUCCGGCUUGAAUACACCAUUGACAAUAAUUCCUACUAUUGUUACCGGUGGUAAUAUACAAUCAUCAAAUGAAACUGAUCGUAUAUUACAAUUAAUUGGUGAUCUACUUAAUUUUGAAACACGAGAACAUGCAUUAAUGGAAUUGUCUCGUAAACGUGAAAAUGUUGAAGAUUUGGCCGUUCUUUUGUGGAAUUCAUUUGGUGCCAUUGCUGCACUGUUGCAGGAAAUCAUUUCCGUUUAUCCAACAAUUCAUCCACCAACAUUGAAUGCACAUCAAUCAAAUCGUGUUUGUAAUGCUCUUGCAUUGCUUCAAUGUGUUGCAUCACAUUCACAAACACGUGGAGCUUUUCUUCAGGCUAAUAUUCCGCUAUAUUUGUAUCCAUUCCUCAAUAUGAAUACACCAUCGAAAACACGUCCAUUUGAAUAUCUACGGCUAACAUCAUUGGGCGUUAUCGGUGCAUUAGUGAAAACCGAUGAAGAGGUGAUUAAUUUUUUGCUUAAAACUGAAAUCAUACCAUUAUGUUUACGUAUCAUGGAAUCGGGAACAGAAUUAUCGAAAACAGUGGCAACAUUUAUUUUGCAGAAAAUUCUUCUGGAUGAAACUGGUUUGAAUUACAUUUGUCAAACAUAUGAUCGUUUUUCACAUGUUGCCAUGAUUCUUGGUAAAAUGGUUUUGGCAUUAGCUAAAGAUCAAUCGGCACGUUUAUUGAAACAUGUCAUUCGUUGUUAUCUUCGUUUAUCGGAUAAUCCACGUGCACGUGAAGCAUUACGCCAUUGUCUGCCGGAUCAUCUUAAAUCCAAUACAUUUGCCAAUUGUUUAAAUAAUGAUCGUGGCACAAAAAGUUGGCUACAUCAAUUAUUGAAAAAUAUUGAAAAAGAUCCACAACAACAACAACAACAAUCAAUGGGUGGUGGUCCAAAUCCUGUAGUUGUUGGUCAAUCAGCAUCACCAGGAGCCAUACAACAAGCUGGAAAUAAUGCUGCCAAUAUAAUGCUUGCAGCAGCAGCAGCCGCCGCUGGUGGUGGUGGUUGUAAUGUUCCUGUUUCAGCUGGACAAAUGAUGAACACUCCAUCUAAAUCGAAUAAAAUGUAAAAUUCAACACUCUCGUUUGUGUGUGGAUAUAUCUUAUUAUUCAACACUUCAAGAAUUUUUUAAAAAAUUCAUUUCAAUUUGUAUAUCUGAAUCAAUUUCAUCAUUUUUUAAAUUUGUG